AAAACCUAAAAACCUAAUAAUUCAAAUUAUGAAUUAAUUAUUAUGAAAAAAAGUUUGUUUUUUCUUUUUUUGUGGUUGUAAUUAAUAGUUUUCCAUUAAUGUUCAGGUUCGCCUCUGUGGACUUUGGGCUCCUUAUCGAGGUUGAAGGUUCAGCUUUAUUGUCUUUAUACAACACAGGAUGGCACAAUACAAUACAGCUGUAGCUCCUCCACACUACACACACAGAACAGGUCUGAACAAAUAUUCACAAUAUUUUAAAUGAGAACGAAACGAAACAGAACAAAGUAUAUAAAAGUAUCACUAAAGGAAGAAAUCAAACGGAAACUAAAUGAAUACGAAGAGCAACGUAACAGAAUAACUCUCAGAAGCAGUUUAAUGUACAGAACAGUGUGCGGCCUCCAACAUGUAGAGCUGAGGUCCAUUACAAUCAUUUGACACUUUGCGUCAAACGCACUCGGACGAGUUUAAUAACAAUCAUUCAGGCGUAACUGAAAGUUUUAGUUUUGAAUUGACUGAAUAUUAAAGAAACUGAAGCUUCCCGUCAAAUUCAAUCAGCGUGUCAGUGAAGGUAAAUCUGCACUUCACUGCAGCUUCAUGACGCCAUCUAGUGGCCUGAUAGUAGAAGUCCAGCAGCUGAUGGCAGCUUCCUCUGCCUCACUGCUGUCUGACUGCAUUCAGCUGACACUGAUAUGAAACAGAAAGUAACAGCCAAUCACUGGAGGAGCAGCUGAUCUUCUUACAGGAGAAAUGAUGGAAAGGAGGAUUUCAGCUGAUGUGCAGAUGAAGGAUUUGUGUUUCCUCUCCAGAUCAAAGUGUGUGUGAGCUGAUGUGGAUGUGAGUUCAGCAGCAUGAAUCAGUGUGAGGACAGAGAGGAGGGAGCCCCUCCCUCUAAAACCAGUCUGUGUGGGGAACAUGGCAGCCAGACCAGAGCUCAGAGCCCAGAGCAGCAGAGACCAGACUCUGCUGGACCUGGACCUGAACCUGAGCCCAGCUGUGUGUCCUUCAAGAGCGACUGGUCAACCGAUCGCUCCAUUGAGUUUAAAAGACGACAACCAUCUGAUACAAAGAGGAUCUAUGUGAGACCAGCUUCUUAUGGACCUGGACCUGAGCCCAGCUGUGUGUCCUUCAAGAGUGACUGGUCAAAGGAUCAAUUCAUUGAUUUUAAACGACUACAACUCUCUGCUGCAAAGAGGAGGAAGCUGGAAAAACCAGAACCCAGCUGUGUGUCCAUGAAGAGUGACAGGUCCAUGUAUCGUCCUAUAGGCUUCAAAGAUGGACGUCACUCUGCUGAUCAAAGAGUCGACCAGGAGAGCUCAGAGGUUCCCAGUGGUCAGUCUGCCCAGCAGCAUCAAAUGCACCUGGACUCCAUAUUUAUGCUGCUGGAGGAGAACAUUGUCACUUUUGUGAAGAACGAGCUGAAGAAGAUCCAGACGGUUCUGAGUUCAGAUUACCCAGAAUGCUUAGAGAGUCAGAGCGAGGAUGAGGAGGUGUUGGACGGUGAGGAGGAAGAGCAGAGGAGGAGCAGCAGAGAGGCAUUUCUGAAGAUCACACUACACUUCCUGAGGAGAAUGAAGCAGGAGGAGCUGGCUGACUGUCUGCAGAGCAAAAGUCAUUCUGGAGUUUGUCAGCGUAAACUUAAAUCUAACCUGAAGCAGAGGUCUCAGUGUGUGUUUGAGGGGAUCGCUAAAGCAGGAAACCCAACCCUUCUGAACCAGAUCUACACAGAGCUCUACAUCACAGAGGGAGGGACUGCAGAGGUCAACGAUGAACAUGAGGUCAGACAGAUUGAAACAGCAUCCAGGAAACCAGACAGACCAGAAACAACAAUCAGACAAGAAGACAUCUUUAAACCCUCACCUGGAAGAGAUGAACCAAUCAGAACAGUGAUGACAAAGGGAGUGGCUGGCAUUGGGAAAACAGUCUUAACACAGAAGUUCACUCUGGACUGGGCUGAAGACAAAGCCAACCAGGACAUACACUUCACAUUUCCAUUCACUUUCAGAGAGCUGAAUGUGCUGAAAAAGAAAAAGUACAGCUUGGUGGAACUUGUUAAUCACUUCUUUACCGUAACCAAAGAAGCAGGAAUCUGCAGGUUUGAAGAGUUCAAGGUUGUGUUCAUCUUUGACGGUCUGGAUGAGUGUCGACUUCCUCUGGACUUCCACAACACUAAAAUCCUGACUGACGCUACAAAGUCCACCUCAGUGGAUGUGCUGCUGACAAACCUCAUCAGGGGGAACCUGCUUCCCUCUGCUCGCCUCUGGAUAACCACACGACCUGCAGCAGCCAAUCAGAUCCCUCCUGGGUAUGUUGACAUGGUGACAGAGGUCAGAGGGUUCACGGACCCACAGAAGGAGGAGUACUUCAGGAAGAGAUUCAGAGAUGUGGAGCAGGCCGGCAGAAUCAUCUCCCACAUCAAGACCUCACGAAGCCUCCACAUCAUGUGCCACAUCCCAGUCUUCUGCUGGAUCACUGCUACAGUUCUGGAGGAGGUGUUGAAGACCAGAGUGAGAGGAGAGCUGCCCAAGACCCUGACUGAGAUGUACAUCCACUUCCUGGUGGUUCAGUCCAAACUGAAGAGCGUCAAGUAUGAUGGAGGAGCUGAGACAGAUCCACACUGGACUCCAGAGAGCAGGAGGAUGAUUGAGUCUCUGGGAAAACUGGCUUUUGAGCAGCUGCAGAAAGGCAACGUGAUCUUCUAUGAAUCAGACCUGACAGAGUGUGGCAUCAAUAUCAGAGCAGCCUCAGUGUGCUCAGGAGUGUUCACACAGAUCUUUAGAGAGGAGAGAGGGCUGUACCAGGACAAGGUGUUCUGCUUCGUCCAUCUGAGCGUUCAGGAGUUUCUGGCUGCUCUUCAUGUCCAUCUGACGUUCAUCAGCUCUGGUGUCAAUCUGAUGUCAGAACAACAAACAAAACAAAAAAAGCGGUCUAAAACAAGAAAAGACAAACCUACAGUGACACAUCUCUAUCAGUGUGCUGUGGACCAGGCCUUACAAAGUCCAAAUGGACACUUGGACUUGUUCCUCCGCUUCCUCCUGGGACUUUCACUGCAGACCAAUCAGACUCUCCUACGAGGCCUGCUGACACAGACAGGAAGUGGCUCAAAAAACAGUCAGGAAACAGUCGAGUACAUCAAGAAGAAGAUCGAAGAGACUCCCUCUGCAGAGCAAAGCAUCAAUCUGUUCCACUGUCUGAAUGAAAUGAAUGAUCGUUCUCUAGUGGAGCAGAUCCAACAGUCUGUGAGUUCAGGAAGUCUCUCCGCAGAUAAACUGUCUCCUGCUCAGUGGUCAGCUCUGGUCUUCAUCUUACUGUCAUCAGAAACAGAUCUGGACGUGUUUGACCUGAAGAAAUACUCUACUUCAGAGGAGGCUCUUCUGAGGCUGCUGCCAGUGGUCAAAGCCUCCAACAAAGCUCUACUGAGUGACUGUAACCUCUCAGAGAGAAGCUGUGAAGCUCUGUCCUCGGUUCUCAGCUCCCAGUCCUCUAGUCUGAGAGAGCUGGACCUGAGUAACAACAACCUCCAGGAUUCAGGAGUGAAGCUGCUGACGGCUGGACUGGAUAGUCCACAUUGUAAACUGGAAACUCUGAGACUGAGUGUCUGUAACCUCUCAGAGAGAAGCUGUGAAGCUCUGUCCUCAGUUCUCAGCUCCCAGUCCUGUAGUCUGAGAGAGCUGGACCUGAGUAACAACGACCUGCAGGAUUCAGGAAUGAAGCUGCUGACAGCUGGACUGGAGAGUCCACAUUGUAAACUGGAAACUUUCAGGCUGUCAGGCUGUCUGAUCACAGAGGAAGGCUGUGCUUCUCUGGCCUCAGCUCUGAGCUCCAACCCCUCCCAUCUGAGAGAGCUGGACCUGAGCUACAAUCAUCCAGGAGACUCAGGAGUGAAGCUGCUGUCUGCUGGACUGGAGGAUCCACACUGGACACUGGAAACUCUCAGGGUGGAGCCCGGUGGAGUCCGAUGGCUGAGACCAGGUCUGAGGAAGUAUUCCUGUGAACUCACACUCGACACAAACACAGCGAACAGAAAGAUCAAACUGUCUGCCGACAACAGGAAGGCGACACAUGUGAAGGAGGAUCAGCCAUAUCCUGAUCAUCCAGACAGGUUUGACUACAGGGAACAGCUGCUGUGUCGAAAUGGUCUGACUGGUCGCUGUUACUGGGAGGUCAAGUGGAAAGAAUAUGUUGAUAUAUCAGUGAGUUACAGAGGAAUCAGCAGGAGAGGAGACAGUGAAGACUGUGUGUUUGGAGGGAAUGAUCAGUCGUGGAGUCUGAACUGCUCUGAUUAUGAUGAUAGUUACUCUGUCUAUCACAAUAACAGAAGAACAUCCUCCUCCUCCUCCUCCUCUGACUCUCACAGAGUAGCAGUGUAUGUGGACUGUCCUGCUGGCACUCUGUCCUUCUACAGAGUCUCCUCUGACACACUGAUCCACCUCCACACCUUCAACACCACAUUCACUGAACCUCUUUAUCCUGGCUUUGGAGUCUGGCCUGAUUCCUCAGUGUCUCUGUGUUCUCUGUAGGAGGGAGAGUCUCCUCCUGUUAGAGAAACACAUCAGUUGAGUCUGUACAGGAUCACAGCUACAGAAAUCUUUCAGGUUAUUGUCAUAAAUUCAUCAAUGAACUCAAAGUGAUUUUCAAAGAUUCCUCAUUUCCACUGUGAACUUGUUCCACUUCCAGUCCUUUAAAGAUGGCCGCUCUGAUCAUUAAAUGGUGGAAAUGCCGUUAACUUGUUCCUUCUGUCACGUGUUGUUUUGAAUUCUGGCUCUUGUUCCAAUAAAAGCAGAAUGUUACUGUGAG